ACAACUUCCGCGUGUGGUUUGAUAUCAAUCUCGAGGCAAAUACGUUAUAAUCUUAUAAUCAUGACGGAAUCAACAAAAAGAGAUAUUUUACAAAUAAAUGCUCGCACUGUCCAGGAUGUUAGAAAAGAAUACGAUUUGGACAAGCCGGGAAUGAUGGACCAAGCUAUUGAUAUUUUGUACGAUUGGAUUCAAAAACAGGAACACUUUGUUAAAAAGGAUUUUCGUAGAGACUAUUUGGAACGCAUCAUCAUUUCUACAAAAGGAUCUGUCGAAAAAGCGAAAAAAAGGAUGGAUAAAGUUUGCACUAUGCGGACUAUGGUGCCUAACUUGUUCGAGAAAUGUCACGCGAAGAAUGACUUCCCACGUUUACAUGAUUGGUACAUUAACCUUAACAUGCCAACAAUAACUGAUGACAAAUAUAGAAUAUUCAUUGCAAAAAUAAACAACAAACCACUUUCGGCUUCGGUGUUUCUGGAGGCGUAUCAAUUCUCAGUUAUUCUUUGUGAAUACAUGAAACUUCACGAUUACACUAUUGGUUACCACGUGGUAGUCGAUUUGAGAGACACCAAUAUUUUGGAUGUGGUCAGUAAGAUUGACUUAGUGGACCUCCGCAAUGUAAUGACGUUGUACACUGAUGGCUACGGUUUUCGAAUUAAAACUAUACACGUAUUAUCUAAUUCAUCCAUGAUCGGAGCUUUCGUCGAUAUUUUAAAACAGAUCCUUACCGCUAAACUCGGACAAAGGAUCUCUGUUUGCAAGACAGUAGAAGGGUUGCACGAAUACCUACCUAAACAUUUGCUGCCAAAAGAUUACGGAGGAGAACAGAAAUCUAUUUCCAUACUUUAUGAUCAAUGGUUAGAAGAACUGUCGUUAGACAAGCAUGUGGAAUACAUGGAAGAAAUGAGAGGAGCAUGCACCAAUGAAACAUUAAGACGUCCAGACAAAUUUAACGAUGACUAUCUUGGGAUGCCCGGCUCCUUUAAGAUGCUGCAUGUUGAUUAGACUGGGUCCGGUUUCUUUGAAGUUAUCAAAGAAAAUAAAAUUUGAACUUGUUAAAUAUUUCAGUUGAGUCAAAAUUCUUUUCUUUAUCUUGUUUUUUGUCCCCAAUGUGACGGAGUAGUGAUUUUUGUAUGGGGUGAAAUGUUGUUUUUAAUUUUUCUAGUGGUAAUUAUAAUCUACAGCUACAAAGACAUACAGUAGCACUCGACUUUUUUAUUUUUUGGUUAAAAACAAAAAUACGAGCGUGACAGAGUGGUCAGAAACAAGAUAAUGUAAAUAAUUAUGACCCAGAUACAGUUAGUUGCCAAUAGAUAGGUACAUUGUAUACUUUCAUUAAAGCGAACGAGAUGUUUACAAAUAUCAGGAACCUGAUCCAGAUUUGAUAAAUUUUACAGUUUUGUUCUUAUUUUGCGCGGCGAAGGCGCUGAUUGAUGCUUGCGAAGUGAAACCAAAGUUACAAUCCGAAUUAAAUGUCAUAUACCAAGGAAAAAAUACCUCCAGUAUCCAAGGCUGGAAUCGCAGCGUUCUUCGUUUACUCAACAGAUGCCCGAACCGCUAUUCUCUUCUGUUGUCUAUUUUCUGUUAGUAUACUUAGUAUGUUGGUGAGGUGUAAGUGUAAGUGUAAGACUAAAUAUGAAUAAGACUUUUUAAAGUAAGAUUUUUUUAUUUUGUUUUCCAGUAGCUUUACAUCGUAAAAUAUUUUGUAUCGAAAAUAUAUGCUUUAAAACUGUG